UGCUCCAAACACCUAACCUAACCCUUUCGCGUUUUCCAAAUCACCAAACUCGCAGGGAGAGAGGGAGAGAAGAUCCGAGGAAAAUGGCUAUGGCGUUCGCACGUUCCGCUCUUUCACGAGCAACGAUCCGUGGAUCUUCGAGGACUUCGGCCGCUCCUAAGCGGAGUUUCGCCUCCAAAGCCCACCAUGACGAUGCUUAUGAGGCUGCGAAGUGGGAGAAGAUAACGUACUUGGGUAUUGCUGCUUGCGCUGCUCUAGCUCUCUAUAACUUAUCCAAGGGUCAUCCCCACUACGAUGAACCUCCUGCUUAUCCGUACUUGCAUAUCCGCAACAAGGAGUUUCCUUGGGGUCCAGACGGCUUGUUUGAGGUGAAGCACCACUAGCACUGAAGCCUUUGUUGUCUUCGUAGUAAUGUCUCUUCGACCAUUGUUACCGAGAAAAUGCAUUGGUUCGGUUUGAAAGCGUAAAAGCUUUCGAAUUCAUUUUGCUUCCUGCAUUGUUGUUAUUGUUCUGUCCUGGGUUAAUAAGAGUAGGACUUUCGAGAUUUGGUUCUGCCUUACUUUACUCGGGGUCUUGUGGAAUACAACCUUUUCUCAAUGGGUGAAAGGGUAUCAUUUGCUUGCAGCGUGCCAUA